GUCGGUAGCUUGAUAUAGAUUUCGUAUAUAUACCAGCACAUAACCCGAGAGGGUUAACGAUGGGCCCCAUUUCUUGAUUUCUCAUUCUUUGCAACACCCACGGCAACAUCUAGCUCAAAGAAGCUUCUACCCUCAAAUAGGACGUCAUGGUGGAGAUAGAAGAAGCUCCUUCGCCAUCGCCAUCGCAGCGUAAGGCAGAUUUGUCCCCGCCGGUAUACGAUGACUCUAAGCUUGAGGCCGGAGUACUCUCGGUGACCGAGGGAGACAACUUUCGUAACGCGGCAGAUGAUGUGGUUGCGGCACUCCCCAAGGGCACAAUUGACCCGGUCUAUGAGGCGAAAGCUCGUGUCUUGAACCAUGCGGUAAUUUAGCCAGAGGCCUUUUCCCAAGAACUCCGCCAUUGUCGGCUAGCUCAUGGCUCAGAUACUUAUUGCUCCCAGAUCCAAGAAAUCGGGAUGGGCUGGUAUCAGUGGCAGUUGUUCAUCGUCGUGGGGUUUGGCUGGGCAAACGACAAUCUGUGGCCCAUUGUGACCUCUUUGAUAUUUACUCCGAUCAAAAACGAGUUCAAUCCGUCUAAACCACCGCUUCUCAGUCUGGCACAGAACGUAGGCCUCCUUGCAGGCGCUAUGUUCUGGGGCUUUGGCUGCGAUGUCUUCGGCAGAAAAUGGGCUUUCAACCUGACACUUGGUAUCACAGCCGUAUUCGGUCUUAUCUCUGCUGGCUCCCCCAACUUUGCCUCCAUCGGAAUCUUUGCCGCCCUAUGGAGCUUCGGCGUUGGUGGUAACCUACCAGUGGACUCGGCCAUCUUCCUCGAAUUUCUCCCAGGGUCACACCAGUAUCUUUUGACGGUUCUCUCAAUUUAUUGGGCAAUUGCUCAGGUCGUGGCUACUCUGGUUGCCUGGCCGCUUUUAGGGGGCCACACGUGUGAAGAGAAAACAGUGUGCCAUAGAUCUGAUAAUAUGGGCUGGAGAUACUUCGUCAUAGUGAUGGGCGCGAUAUCAAUGGUUGAGUUCUUUGUCCGCUUUGGCUUCUUCACGGUCUUCGAGUCCCCAAAAUACCACAUGGGUAAGGGCAAUGAUGAGGAGGCCGUCCGGAUUGUCCAUGAAGUCGCCAAAAGAAAUGGAAAGGUUUCCAACCUAACUCUCGCCGACCUCCAAGCCUGCGACCCGACUGGCGCUGGUGCACAAACCGACGCAGCUGCAACUCUAAAGCGCAAGCUCGAAAAGUUUAACCUGACGCAUGUGCGCUCCCUCUUCGCAACUCCAAAACUGGCACUAUCGACUUCCCUGAUCAUUGUUAUAUGGGCCUUUAUUGGAUUGGGCUACCCUCUCUAUAACACCUUCCUGCCAUACCUACAAGCAAUCCGCGGCGCUGAAUUCGGUGACGGGUCAACUUACCUUACCUACCGGAACUCGCUCAUUGUGGCCGUCCUCGGUAUUCCUGGCGCGUUGAUAGGCGGUGCCCUAGUUGAGGUCCGCGGCUUUGGGAGGAAGGGUACACUUUCUGCCUCAACGGUUCUCACGGGGGUGUUCCUUUACGCCUCAACCACGGCAGUGACAUCCAAUGCACUGCUUGGCUGGAACUGUGCCUUUAACUUCUUUUCGAACAUAAUGUUUGCUGUGCUUUAUUCGUAUACACCAGAGGUGUUCCCAACAAAAGACCGUGGGACAGGCAAUGCGCUCACUGCGACGGCAAAUCGGAUCUUUGGGAUCAUGGCUCCAACCAUUGCUAUGUUUGCAAACCUAGAGACGUCAGCUCCGGUGUAUACUAGUGCAGCUUUGUUCAUUGCGGCGAGCUUACUUGUUAUUAUCCUGCCUUUUGAAUCACGGGGGAAAUCGAGUUUAUAACUUGUAUCUAGCAAUGGAAGGAUAGCUAGAGUGUUGGCCAUUAGGUGUACUGAUGCUGAAUAUCGAGUAGUAUAUAAAACCUAUUAUAAGGUUACAAAUGCAGAAUUAUUAUUUGCUCUAGCCAAAUAAAUU